AUGUCGGCGUCACAUUGCAUUCCGAGGAAGCCGGUGCGAUGCUUCCGAAGGCCCUGCGGGGGAUUCCUGUGCCUUGCGGACGCGGACAUUGCCGACUGGCAGGGUGAGGUGAUUGCGACCUCCACGAGCCGCGGUCUCGAAGGCACCCUGCGGCGAAAUUGGUGGGGCUUUGCUGGCCGCAAAAGCGCGGACGCCGCACUGCACGAGAGGGCUGGGCCGGAGCUUGUGGCGGCAUGCCAGCAAAAGGCCUUCUCGUUGGACUUCGGUGCAGUGCUGGUGACUGCGGCACCUAACUUGAAGGCAAAAUACAUUCUCCACACCGUUGUGCCAGGGCACCCGAGUUCCAAAGAUCCGCGGCCCAUGCCUGCCGAGCGUGCUGCUGACUAUGCUGCAGACGAGGCUGAAGCAGAGCGGCUUCUGCGGAAGAGCUUUGCAGGCCUCCUUUCAGCAGCCGCCGGUCUCAAUGCUGGCUCCUUCUGUUGCCCUGCCAUUGGCUGUGGCGUGCGAGGCUUUCCGCCAGCGGUCGCUGCUCGCGCGGGUCUGCAGUGCUUGGCGCCGGAGGUGUGCCCUAGGCCUGGGCCACCUUAUGUCGAGGUUCGCUUUUGGGACCACAACGUCCUGAGCGCUUGGACCACGGAGGCCAUGGUCCAUCGUCAGCUCGAGGAGUGCCAGGAGCUGGAGGUGCGAGAGGAGCUUUGGCAAGGCGGGACGUUGGCGUCUUGGACCGAGAAGCGCCAGGUUUGGCCAUGUCGGAUCUGCUGA